AUGUUGCAGACACUUGCCAAGACGGGGGUUACUCCUACCGAGAAAUUGCAAAAAAUUGUUGCUGAUUGGUCUGCUUGGGAUGGAAUCGUCUGCGCUGUGGUUGGAAUUGCAGGUUGUCUGGAUCGCCACCUUAUAAGACGCAUGCUAAAACCCUUGGCAGAACAUGGUCAGACCUGCUUGGUGUCAGGGCUCUUGUCAAGCCACGAUUUUCCAUGUUUGCUGGGACAGUUCCUGGAUGACGUGAACAGCAACAUCACUUCCAUGCCAAGGGCUCUCUUGAUGCACACCUAUAAAACCUGCAAAGCAUUAGUCAGCAGUGGAAUGGGAAUGCAGGCAUUUCAGAAAUCCAAGCAACUUUCAGCCAAACAAAAUCCAAAGUGGAAGAAAUCAUAUUACCAGAAGAGCAAGAGCAUGGUGGGAAUCCAGACCAUGAUAAAGAGAAUAUCAGGCUCGGACUUACAAUCGUGUUCCCCAACGGGACCAAGCUGCAUGCCCCACGUCAUUUUGUUGAUGCUAGUGGGCUCUUGUAUCAUUUGCACCUAUCUGAUGACUCCCAUGCCUCCCAUUGAACCCAUCUCGGUCUACUCUCCACUUCAUUCUACCGACCUUCGAAUUAUCCUUGGCGAGGAGAAUGCACAAUUUGCCCAGUUAGUGGAUUCCCUCACACAGAUGGAGCUUGAUGCACUUAUUUCUUUUGUCGACUUUUUGAACUUGGAAAAGCUGAGGGACUUGUGUGCAACCGCAUUUGCAGCCCAAAAUUGGGCACUCUUCCUCACUGCUGUGUGA